AUGGUCCAGCCUAUCAUCUCUCCGUCCAUCUUAGCCUCUGAUUUUGCCAACUUGGGCUCCCAUUGCAAGUGUAUCGUCAAUGGUGGUGCGGAGUGGCUCCAUCUUGAUGUCAUGGACGGUCACUUUGUUCCCAACAUCUCUCUUGGAGCACCCAUCAUUGCCAGCUUGAGAAAGCAGUUCCCCAGAUCAGACCCUAAUCCAGUCUUUUUCGACUGCCACAUGAUGGUGUCCAACCCAGAACAGUGGAUCGAGGACAUAGCCAAGGCUGGAGGCGAUGGUUAUACUUUCCAUUUUGAAGCUACAGACGAUGCAUUGAGAACUAUCAAGAAGGUUAAAGCUGCUGGCAUGAAGGUGGGUGUAUCUGUCAAGCCAAAGACUCCAGUGGAAGUGUUAUUUCCUAUUGUAGAGGAAAUCGACUUGGCUCUUGUCAUGACUGUAGAACCAGGCUUUGGCGGCCAGAAGUUCAUGCCUGAGAUGAUGGCCAAAGUUGAGAUCUUAAGAAACAAGUACCCUGACUUGAACAUUGAAGUGGAUGGAGGCUUGGCUAAAGACACUAUAGAUGCUGCUGCUAAGGCCGGCGCCAAUGUCAUUGUAGGUGGUACUUCUGUCUUCGGUGCAGAAAACCCAGCAGAGGUCAUUGACUUCUUGAGACUGUCUGUCGCCACCAGCUUGACAGCCAAGGGCUUGCUCACUAAGUAG